UUUAGUUUGAGUCUAGUAACAAAUAGUUUUUGUUGGUCAGAGUUGAUGGGGAUCUGUCAGUGAGUCCACCACUUUGUCCUUUUCUAACUCACCAAGUAAUGAAUAAAAUUUGGUACAGAUAUUUGAGGGUAAAACACGUUGACACUGUGACAUUUCCUUUAUUUUGAGGUGUCCCCGAGCCCCUGCUUUCAACCCAGUUUCAACAUCUGUGCAAUCCUGGAAAGUUUUAAAAUAUCAAUGGACCAACAAAUUGAAACCUAUGCUGUUGUAAGGACAUCGGUGUGAAUGCACUGGCUGCUGACAUAAACACGUGUCAGUCUGUCCAAACAGGUGUGUAUUUCAGGAGGGUUGAGGUGGGCCAAUUGGUUGCCAGGGAACCAAGUUUGGGUGUUGCUCAUGUUACACAGAUCUCUGUGCCUGCUGUCCUUUUCUUGUUCUCUCUGUGUCCCAGUCUGGACAUAUAUGUCCAUUUGCCACUGCUGGAUGCUGUUUUGGGGACAUACCAAAGACAUUUUUUAUUGAAGACUUUCUUUUUGUCGUUGAUAACUCUAAACUCAAAUCACCAUCAUCUCCAGUCGUCAUUUGCCAGCGUCGGUGCUCUGUGGUUGUCAGGAUGCAGCAGUCAGUGAUGAAGGUGCUGUGCUCAGCACUGCUGGUUCUAGCAGCUGUGUUCUCUGUGUACUCUCAGACAGAUUGCUCUCAAGCUGAGUCAUGUGACCUAUGUGUCGGAGACUCCGUCCUCAACCUGACAGGCUGCGUAUGGAAGCUUUGCCCAGAUGAUAAUGACACAGGCCGGUGUGUGGUUGAUGAGGGCGACUCGGCCGACACGUCUGUGAACUGCAGCUGGACCAGAGUUUCUGAAUUGUGCUCAGUGGUAGAGACUGUAGCCGAGGGAGGAGGGGAAGGUGACUCAGGUGACAAGAGCAAGUCAUCCACAAACUUCUCCCAGGCCAAGUUUGACAUGUCCAGUUUCAUUGGAGGCAUCAUACUGGUGCUGUGUGUGCAGGCCGGUGGCUUCUUCGCCAUGCGCUUCCUAAAAUCCAAAGAGCAGAGCAACUAUGACCCCAUAGAGCAGCCACAGUGAAGUCAAGACAUGUGAAGGACAAGAAGAUGAGGACACAGGACGUCAGAGCAGUGACUCAUCGACUUUCUUUCUUUCUUUCUUUCUUUUUUUUCUUUCAUGAGCCCCUGUCAGUUUUCUUUGCUUUAGUCCACACGUGUACACCUGCAGGUUAGCUGUGCUUUUUAAGAGGCUCUUGUUUGUGCGAGUGUGUAUGUAUAGCACCACAUUUAUAUUUCAUUUAUAGACACUGUGGGGAGUGGAAAUAAUGAGAGCAACAAUAAAAAAGAACGACUCUGAUUGUAUCACUGUAACACACAUCUUAACUUAAACAAAUUUAGCUAAGAGUCAGUUAGACAAACAACAAGCCGCUGCCUGUCGAGCCAUCGAGUGAGCUGUGUAAACAGGAGGUCAAACUGGACUGAAGAACACUAAAACUAAACAAAAUGAAACUGUAGAACUCACAUUUGUCAGUACCACUGUAUGUCAACAGUGUUUUUACUGAAAUGUAAGUGAAAUAAUGUGUAUCUUAAAGGUCCAAUGUGUAAGAUUUACGUGAAGCGGUUUUAAAAAUGUCAGAAAUUGAAUACAAUUUUGUUGUGCCGUCAUCUCGAUAUAUGAAUUGUUUACAUCACCACAGAAUGAAUCCUCUUAUUUACAUCAGGAGCGUGUUCUCUCUAUGUUGGCCGUCAUGUUGGACCACCAUGUUUUUUGUGAGUUUUAGCACUCACUGAGGGCUACUGUAGGUUCUCCAACAUGUUUGGAGGCAAAGGCUGAGGUGAGCUGUUCCUUUAACUUGUACUGAGUGAAAGUGUUUGUCUUGAGACCUUAAAGAUACAGUCUGUGAAGAUAUAAUGUUCGUUUAGUUACUUUAUAAUCUAUACACUUAUUAGAAGUAGCAGAUGCUGCACUCCACUGCUUUGUACUGUGUGUGUUUUGAGUUUUUUUGAAUUGUGAGGAGCUUGGAUCCUUUUUUUAUUGGUUGAUUUGGUGGAGAUUUCAGUUUUGAUUUCAGCUUUAACCCUUUUGAAUGUUCCAAUUUGACGUAAUGGACCCCGUUUAAUCCCGUUAACACUGUCGCGUGGGUUGAUGAUGAGAUGCUUGUUUUGUGAUGCCAUGAGAAUGAAAUAGUCUAUAAACAGUACAGUAGAUGAAUAAAAAAAAAAUACCGGUUUCACUCAG